UAGCCUAAUGAUGGAUUUUGAUGAGCGUGUUCCUUGUUCCUCUAACAUGUAUUUGCCAAGUUGUACCUACUACGUCUCGGGUCCUGAUUUCUCCAGCCUCCCUUCUUUUCUACCCCAGACCCCGUCUUCUCGCCCUAUGACAUAUUCCUACUCCUCCAACCUGCCCCAGGUCCAACCUGUGAGAGAAGUAACCUUCAGGGAGUACGCCAUUGAUCCCUCCAGUAAAUGGCAUCCCCGGAGCAAUCUGCCCCACUGCUACUCAGCGGAGGAGAUCAUGCACAGAGACUGCCUGCCGGCUACCAACACGGCAAGCGUGGGCGACAUGCUCGCCAAGAACUCGGCCAACGUCUACCACCACCCCACCUCCACCGUCUCCUCCAAUUUCUAUAGCACCGUGGGCCGGAACGGCGUCCUGCCCCAGGCUUUCGACCAGUUUUUCGAGACGGCUUACGGCGCCCCGGAAAACCUGACCUCCUCGGACUACCCGGGCGACAAGGCCGGAGAGAAAAUGCCUCCGGUGGCGACCGCGGCCGCCGCGACAACUUCAAGUUCGGACGGCGGCUGCGGUCGGGAUGCAGCGACGGCGGCGGCGGUGGCUUCGGCGGCGGCGGCUUCGGCGGCUUCGGCGGCGGUGGCCGAGGAGAAGGACCGGCGGAGACGGACCGAGAGCAGCAGCAGCCCCGAGUCAUCUUCCGGCAACAAUGAGGACAAAUCCAGCGGCUCCAGUGGACAACGCACCCGUAAAAAGCGCUGCCCCUACACCAAAUAUCAGAUUAGAGAAUUAGAGAGAGAAUUCUUCUUCAGUGUCUAUAUUAACAAAGAGAAACGCCUGCAGCUCUCCCGAAUGCUCAACCUGACCGACCGUCAAGUCAAAAUAUGGUUUCAAAACAGAAGAAUGAAAGAAAAAAAAAUUAACAGAGACCGAUUACAAUAUUACUCUGCGAACCCACUACUCUAAAACAAAAAAGCUCGCUCUCCAGGUUUGUUUGGGUUUUUUUUUUCGGAGAUGAGAUUAAAUUCAUAUUUCGCCCUUGACACUGUCGAGACACAGGGUUAUUUUCUAAAAGGUGUGUAACUGGCCGGGACGCUGGGAACCAAAGUUCCUCUCGCAGAGCAUCAACCGGGGACUAGGUUUGCUAUUGUUAUUAUUGUUGUCUUGAUAUUUACAUAUCAACUGGAUCCCAUUGGAUUUUGGCCCUCGUGGCUUCCAUUUCCAGCAUGCCAGCCCCUCCACCGCUCUCAGAGCCCGGUUCAUACCUCUUACUUUGAUAGACACUGCCGUCUUAAACUGGUAAGUUUUCUAAAGGGUGGAUAAAGCCAGUCAGAGCAUGCCUAGCUAUCCAGUUCUCCUGUCCCUCACUCCAGAGAGAGGAAUGGCCUGUGUACGUGAACCCCUAAGCCCCAGCAUACACGUGGAGGACCACUGCAAAAUUCAACUUGGGGGAAAAAAAAGAUAACCUUUUGGAGGGAAAAGGGGGACAGGGAAGGGGAAAUUCCUGUCUUAGAGCAGUGCACCGUCCCAUUGACUGAAGAAAAAACAAACACGAAUUCUUUCAGAAGGCCAAGGUGGAGAAUGUGUACGGAUUUAGUUACUGAUGUUACCUUUUCUAUCGAGAAGAAGGAGAAAAUGACCCUAAUGAAACCCUUGAAAUGGAUUUCAUUCAGGUAAAGAUGUGCCCGAUCCCUUUGAAAACAAAAGCGAACCCAUAACCAUUAUGGUAGCCCCAGAAUUUACCCUCCAGUUCAAUUUCUAUCAACAGUCCAUGUGGGCUAAUGUUCGGAGACAAAUCAUGACGCUUAUGUUAAAUCCCUGAACGAAAAUGGUCUGAGGGGACUUACUCUCCAAUUGGAAAGGGGAGAAAGAAAAGCAACUAACUUCCAAGCUUCUGGCUCAAAAGCUUUCUUCAGGAAAUACCUGUGGAGAGCGACAGUUUGGCAAAUACCACACAACACUUAAUUGAAACUUGGAUUUGUGCAAUGCACUAACAUCGGAUCAUUAAAAUAACUUUCAUCGGGUCGAGUUUUAGAAGGCAGCGAGAAAGGAAUUUCGCAACGUGCACAGGGGCCAAAACAAUGUAAAUAUGGUCAUUCUGUUUUCAUAUGUUGUUGUGUCUACUUUAGAUGUCAUAAAAGCUCUACUUGAUGACUUCAGUCGGCAUCCGCAAAGAAUGGAGAGUAGUUUGGAGUUAUUUUAAAAGAUAUAUAUAAAUAUAUAUAUAAUAAAUAUAUAUAUAUUUCCC